AUGAUCAUUCUGGUGCGUCAUGCACAGUCAGAAGGCAACAAAAACCGCGAUAUCCAUCAAACUAUUCCAGACCACCGGGUGAAGCUCACCAAUGAAGGCUACCGGCAAGCUGAAGACGCCGGCCGUCGUCUUCGAGACCUCCUUCAUCCAGAUGAUACCCUCCACUUCUUUACAUCCCCAUAUCGGCGGACGAGAGAGACUACAGAAGGGAUUCUUGAGUCCCUGACUUCAGACACCCCAGCUCCUUCGCCUUUCCCAAGACAUACGAUCAAAGUUUACGAAGAACCUAGACUACGGGAACAGGAUUUCGGAAACUUUCAGCCUUGUUCAACAGAAAUGGAACGCAUGUGGAUGGAGCGUGCAGAUUAUGGUCACUUCUUCUACCGAAUCCCUAAUGGCGAGUCGGCAGCAGAUGCCUAUGACCGCGUGAGUGGAUUCAAUGAGUCUCUGUGGCGCCUGUUUGGCGAAGACGACUUCGCCAAUGUUUGUGUUCUUGUCACACAUGGUCUCAUGGCCCGGGUCUUCCUCAUGAAAUGGUAUCAUUGGAGUGUGGAAUACUUUGAGGACCUUCGCAACAUCAACCAUUGCGAGUUUGUGGUCUUGACCCUGAACCCGGCUAAUGGGAAAUAUACACUUCAAAAUAAGCUGCGUACCUGGUCCGAUCUUCGAAAAGACAGGGAGCGCGAGAACGCUUCCAAGGAGCAGGUGGCUGCGCCCAGUGCGUCUUCAAGCCAACCGGACCAUAUCCCAAUUCGACGCAAGUGGGGUGGCUGUCCCGAUGGCUGUACUCAUGGUUUAACUGGAGAUGGAAAACAAGCACUACGAGCAAACUUGUUGAACUCCAUACACCAUAACAGUCAUGGUCACAGUCAUGGUCACACUCAGCACAAGCACCACGAUGAACACAACCAUAGCUUCGGCUCCAAAUUGCAAAAAUCUAUAUCCAUUGAUGAGGUGGUUUCAUCCUCAGAGGAAAGUGCAACCUAUAAUAAUACCAGUCGAGAAAGCACUCGGCACGUCCCCCAGCGGAAACACACUGGCAGCGAUGAUGGCACCGAAGCGAGCCCGAAAGAAUACUUUUCCACCUCAGAGACCCGGUCGAAGGUCAAUCCUCCAGUACCAAACCGAUCACUUCACGGUAUAAAUCGCAAUAGCGAAGACCAAAUCUUCCAUGCCCCUUCCGCCUUGUCCUCAUCCUCGGCGCAUUUGAAAUAUGCACUCCUCCACCUCGGCGGUCGUGACGGUGGCGGCUCAAUGAGCGGAGCAAACAGUCUUGCACCAUCUGACGACGAGGCCGACGAGCACCUGCCUCACCGCCACACUGUCCCAACAGUCUCAAGUCUCGGAAAUGGCAGCCUAUCUCACGCCAAUCAGCAACACUUCAAAUUCCCACCUUCCAAUCCCACACGCCCACCCCUAUCACAGGAAUUCGAGGAUGAUGGCGAUGAUGAGAUGAGUGGCAACUCCACCGAACAGUUCAAAAAACCUCGCCCCAGUCACCACCACACUCAACACCAACACCAAAACCACCAAUAUCUCUACUCCACGGAUCACUCUGAACAUCGCAUGGCCAACAUCCUUGGGGAUGGCGACGAGUCUUCCACACCUUCCGACACUCAGACGCCGAAACCCGAAAGUUCGCCAGAAUCGUCCCAUACACAUGAGACUUUAGAGGAACAGCAAAAGCAUGACCAAAGCGUUCAAGGAAGCGUUUAUUAA